AUGGGAAAGGGGAGUCAGCACUGCCAUCUGGUGGAAUACUGUAUAACACGUUCUAGAAAAAUCGACUGCAGCUUUACCCAAUGUGAUGAUGACGAUGCUGCUGUUUAUAAAGAUGAUGAUGAUCAUUAUGACGGUGACAAUGAUGAGGAUGACUAUGAUGGUGAUGAUGCUGAUGAUGCUGAUUGUGAAAAAAAUAGCCUGCGAGAGCAAAGCUGUGGUGUAGGCCUUUGUGUAGGCCUACAAAAUGAACACACACACACAGCAUGAUUGCGUCUGUCUGUAGACAACAGUAGCCUAUUUGGCGUGUUUCUACGAUUGUAAUCUCUGCAGGGAGCGACAGACAAUCACCCAGGGAAGUGGCUGAUAAUAGGGCAUUUCCUGUAUUCUAUUUUUAGACGGUAGUGGCACGCAAAAUGACAUUACGUCAUUGUGCUGCAUGUGAUUUUUAAGACGCACACAUGCCCGCGCUCUCUCUCGGCCCCUUCUCACUUCUCUCUCCUCUUUGCGUGGCUCUCCAGAUGUAUGCCUAUUCCAAGAGCCAGCGUAAAAACACUAACCACGUGACCAACUCAUCGCCGAAGUCCCUCUGCAGCUCAUUCAGCAUGAUGGCUGCUGAUGCUGCGGCAGCUUCAUCCUCAACACACCGAUCCGCACUUCAUUCCUGCAGCCUGCUGUUGUUUAACUUCUCUAUCCUUCUCAUCCUCGUAUUCUUUCUCCCAGCCCCAGCGAAGGGAUUGCUUGGUGUCCGCCCAGAGAACACUAAAGCCGGGGAGCUGUCUGUACAAGACGGGCUGCUCCAGGCGACCGAGGGGACGCGGUUCAUGCUGCGGGUUUACUACGCAGCAUUCUCGGUUACACAGAGAGCCCACAACCGCUCUGGGAGCGAGAGACCAGAGGCUGCAGCUGCCGCACCAUGGAUCGCCUUCAUAGAGGAGCCAGGAGGAGAGAGAGGAGAGGGGGAGAGUAUGGUCAGUUAUUUAGUGUAUUGACCAUUUACCCUUAAAGCUAUAUAUGAAAUAUGUUUAAUUAAAUAGCCUAAAUAUCGUGUUAAAAUGUGAAUUUGUAUUUAGGUCCAUCCCAAACGGAACCCGUGCGUGGACGAGCAUGCGCGGAGUUCUGACAUCGAACUCCUGGGUUCCUUCAGGUCUGCAUCCAGCCACAACUCCGUUCUAGGUCCGUUUAUAGUUACAUGCUUUUAUCAUUGUUGAAUCAUCAAAUGUUUUUUAUUUUUUUAUCUUGUGCUAUUGUGCGUUUUUAUUCUUGUCUGAUGAAGACCUUUUUGUUAUUUGAUUCUGAUUCCAUAGUGGAGCUGCUCGCCAAAGACCUGCGCAAAGAUGAGCGGAUCAAAUACUACUCCAUUUGCGCGUUUGAUGGGGUGAAGUGGGAACAUUUCACCACCAGAGACUUCUGGCUAGCGGUGGUGGAGCGACCCCCGCAAGCGGACGUGUGGCUCCAGUUGGUGGUGUCAGUGUUGUUACUGGGUCUCUCUGCGCUCUGCAGUGGGCUGAACAUCAGCAUGCUCGCCCUGGAUCCCGUUGAGCUCCGGGUCCUCCAAAACAGUGGCACCGAGAAGGAACAAAAAUACGCGCACAAGAUCGAAUCUGUACGUAAACAUGGCAACUACAUCCUGUGUACUGUGGUGCUGGGCAACGUGCUGACCAACACCUGUUUCGUAGUGUGGAUGUGCCAGAUUAUAGGGAUGACUCCCACCUCCCUUGCUACCUGCACUUUCGGUAUAUUCUUUAUAGGAGAGAUCCUGCCUCACUCUGUGGCGUCCAGACACAGCCUCGCCAUCGCCUCCAAAACCAUCUGGGCCACCCGGCUUCUAAUGCUGGUCUCCUUCCCCAUCUCCUACCCCGUCUCCAAGCUCCUAGACAUCAUGCUUCACCAGGAGAUCAGUAAUUUCUACACCAGAGAGAAACUGGUUGCCAUGCUGCGCGUCACAGAUCCCUACCACGAUUUGGUCAAAGAGGAACUCAACAUCAUCCAGGGCGCUCUGGAGUUACGCACCAAGAACGUAGAAGAAGUUCACACUCCGCUGGCGGACUGUUACAUGCUCUCCUCAGAUGCUGUUCUAGACUUCUGUACUAUGUCUGAUGUCAUGCAGAGCGGGUUCACCCGGAUCCCGGUCUAUGAGAAUGACAGAUCCAACAUCGUUGAUAUCCUGUUCGUCAAAGACCUGGCGUUUGUGGACCCGGAUGACUGCACCCCGCUGAAGACCAUCACCCAGUUCUACAAACACCCAAUGCACUGUGUGUUCAGCGAUACCAAACUGGAUGUAAUGCUGGAGGAGUUCAAGAGAGGUAAUAGGCUAGGCACAUCCACACUCACACCUGAGUUAGGUAUACACUGUUGUAGAGAGAAAACAUUUUUAUGCAGAAUCAGGUAGCAUGUAAAGAGUUACACUACUGUUCAAAGGUUUUGGGGUCACUUAGAAAUGUCCUUGUUUACCAUGAAAACAUACAUGAAAUGAGUUUGAAUAGGAAAUAUAGCAAAAUGCAUAGGAAAUGUUGUCAUUGACAAGGUUAGAAAUAAUUAUUUUUAAUAUAAAUAAUAAUUGUGUCCUUCAAACUUUGCUUUCGUCAAAUAAUCCUCAAUUUGCAGCAAUUACAGCCUUGCAGACCUUUGGCAUUCUAGUUGUCAAUUUGUUGAGGUAAUCUGAAGAGAUUUCCCCCCAUGCUUCCUGAAACACCUCCCACAAGUUGGAUUGGCUUGAUGGGCACUUCUUACGGUCAAGCUGCUCCCACAACAGCUCAAUAGGGUUGAGAUCCGGUGACUGUGCUGGCCACUCCAUUAUAGACAGAAUACCAGCUGACCGCUUCUUCCCUAAAUAGUUAUUGCAUAGUUUGGAGCUGUGCUUUGGGUCAUUGUCCUGUUGUAGGAGGAAAUUGGCUCCAAUCAAGCGCUGUCCACAGGGUAUGGCAUGACGUUGCAAAAUGGAGUCAUAGCCUUCCUUCUUCAAGAUCCCUUUUACCCUGUACAAAUCUCCCACUUUACCACCACCAAAGCACCCCCAGACCAUCACAUUGCCUCCACCAUGCUUUACAGAUGGCAUCAAGCACUCCUCCAGCAUCUUUUCAUUUGGUCUGCAUCUCACAAAUGUUCUUCUUUGUCAUCCAAACACCUCAAACUUCGAUUUGUCUGUCCAUAACACUUUUUUCCAAUCUUCCUCUGUCCAGUGUCUGUGUUCUUUUGCCCAUCUUAAUAUUUUAUUUUUAUUGGCCAGUCUGAGAUAUGGCUUUUUCUUUGCAACUCUGCCUAGAAGAUCAGCAUCCCGGAGUCGCCUCUUCACUGUUGACGUUGAGACUGGUGUUUUGCGUGUACUAUUUAAUGAAGCUGCCAGUUGAGGACCUGUGAGGCGUCUGUUUCUCAAACUAGACACUCUAAUGUAUUUGUCCUCUAGCUCAGUUGUGCACCAGGGCCUCCCACUCCUAUUUCUAUUCUGGUUAGAGCCAGUUUGCGCUGUUCUGUGAAGGGAGUAGUACACAGCGAUGUAUGAGAACUUCAGUUUCUUGGCAAAUUUCUCGCAUGGAAUAGCCUUCAUGUCUCAGAACAAGAAUAGACUGACGAGUUUCAGAAGAAAGUUAUUUGUUUCUGGCCAUUUGAUUCUGUAAUCGAACCCACAAUUGCGGAUGCUCCAGAUACUCUUUAAUCAGCACAACAGUUUUCAGCUGUGCUAACAUAAUUGCAAAAUGGUUUACUAAUGAUCAAUUAGCCUUUUAAAAUGAUAAACUUAGAUUAGUAAACACAAUGUGCCAUUGGAACACAGGACUGAUUGUUGCUGAUAAUGGGCCAAUGUACGCCUAUGUAGAUAUUCCAUAAAAAAUCAGCCGUUCCAGCUACAAUAGCCAUUUACAACAUUAACAAUGUCUACACUGUAUUUCUGAUCAAUUUGAUGUUAUUUUAAUAGACAAAAAAAAUGAUUUUCUUUAGAAAACAAGGACAUUUCUAAGUGACCCCAAACUUUUGAACGGUAGUGUAAAUAUUAUAGGAAAUGCACCAUACAGGUGGAGGUGCAUUCUCCAGAAUUAUACCUGCAACCAUCAGAGCACAUGGACCAAUGAGCUCACAGGUUCAAAUCACAUGAUUACUGCAAUUCAGGCACCUCUACCCUGUUACACAUGAUCUAUGAUAAAACAAAUAUUACAUUGUUCAGCAGGUGCUGUGCUCGUUUGACAAUACAUUUUGUAUAGCUAAGUGCAUUGACAGUGUUCAAGUUAACUCAUACACAUUCCAUCACACCACUUCCCUCUUCCUGAAAAGCAGAGAAUCCAGGGUGUAUUUAAAUCCAGUGAUGCUCUGAACAGUCAGUCAUAUAAGAUGAUACAGGCUCAGCAGGUUCAAGUGGAGGUGAGUGGGAUAGGCUACUGCAAGGUUUCCCAAACUUGGUCCUGGGGACCCCAAGGGGUACACAUUUUGGUUUUUGCCCUAGCACAGCUGAUUCAAAUAAUCAAAGCUUGAUGAUGAGUUCAUCAUUUGAAUCAGCUGUGUAGUGCUAGGGCAAAAACCAAAAACGUGUACCCCUUGGGGUCUCCAGGACCAAGUUUGGGAAACACUGGGCAACUGUAUGUCAGGGAAGAGUUUUAAGCCAUAUCUAUAAUCCAUGAAAUCAACAACUUCCUUGAAUGAACUGGGACAGCUUAGAGAGUGUAGCAAGGUUAUCUGUAUGUUUUACAGAUUAUGAAAAUUAUAGUCUCUUGUGACUGCUUUAGCUGAUUUGGUUCUGGAUUAUGCAAUGAUUAUGCCAAUUAUUAUGAUACAAAUGUCCUGUUUUACUUAUGGUAAUUACUUUGGAUAACCUGUGUUUAUUACCCGUCGCAGGGAUUCAUAGAAUGGCAGUGAGUUGAAAGAGCCCAGUGAGGCUUCACAUCCCACAGUAGAACAGGAAUAAUGUGCUGCAGUCUGAAGAGAAGUGACAAAUUGACAGUAAACAGUCCUUUGUGUCUCCAUCCAUGUAAGAAUGUUAAAGGGAGUUAGAGGCUCUUCUGAUUCCCAUGACAACCAGAGUAUGAAUCAUUCAGCCGUCAGCCAGGGGGGUUAGGUAGGUGUGUGUGUCUUUUUGUUUAACUAUCCUUGUGGGUACCAGAAGUCCUCACAAGGAUACUAAAACAAGGAAAAUUCAGACAAGUGGGGACAUUUUGCCGGUCCCCACAAGGAAAAAUGCUAUUUUAGGCUUAGGGGUUAGGUUUAGGGUUAGGGUUACAAUUAGGGUUAGGGUUAGAAUUAAGGUUAGGGUUAGGGGUUACGGUUAGGUUUAGGGUUAGGAGUUAGGGUUAGGAAUAGUUUUAGGGUUAGGAGUUAAGGUUAGGUUAGGUUUAGGGUUAAAGUUAGGGUUAUGGUUAGGUUAAGGAUUGAGGUUAGGGUUAGGGUUAGAUUUAGGGUUAGGGGUUAGGGAAAAUAGGAUUUUGGAUAGGAAUCAAUUAUUUUGUCCCCACAAGGAUAGCAAUACAAAACUGUGUGUGUAUGUGUUUGUUUGCGUGAAUGGGUUAUACUCAGUACUUCGAUAGGAACUAUAUAAAAGUAAAAAGUCAAUUUUUGAGUGGGUGAAAUGAACGGGCAUAAUGUUUCUCCUGUGUGUUGCAUAAUAAACAGAAGUAGAAUAGAUUUGAUGUGCUCUGACUUGGCAGGAAUCAAACUGGAGGCUUUGGGACAGAGACGGCAGUGUCCACUAGGAUGAGAGCUUAUGUAACAGGACUAGGGCUUCAUUUAGAUGCUAUUCAGAUUGUCAGGGUUGGUUUGUCCAUGAGGGCUCAGAGAUGGUAAUCUGAUUUAUUCAGAAUGAAGGGUUUAAUGAUGAAAAGGAUGACUUGGGACAAAUGAGUUGGAUGAGAGGGCCUUAUUCAAUAUACAUUUGUUUUGUGGUGUGAUUAAAAGUAACAUUCACAUUUUCAACUCACAUUCAUCAUCAUCUGGUUGUCUGGGGGCUUCCAGAGCUGCCGGUCCUCCAUUGUAGACGCAGUCCCCGCCUCCUCCUCCAGUCCAGUGUCACAUUUACGAUGGUCCACAUGAAUGAUAUCUGGGUUGUCCCUUCUGUUGGAACCAUGCUAUGGUUGCCAGAGAAUCAGUUCACUGACAGGGGUGUCCGUUUGUCGGUAGGAACGUCUGAGGAGAGCAUAUAUUGUUAAUAUAGAUUGUUAGUUAAUGUAUAUUGUUAUUUUUCUCAUACCCCCCAAAAAACAGACGCACGUUUUGAUUGAACAAUAGAACCAUUCAAAGCACUUGGUCCUGCAGAAUCAUGACGUUUUACAGGAGCUAACUGACUAUAACAUUUGAAGUUACAUAUUAAUGUGAGGGGGAGAGGAUUAGAGUAAGGAGAGAACCCUGCGGAUUCUGACCUUCACUUCUAAUCCCCAUGUCAGCAUGCCAUCACUGGGGAGAGGCAGAAGUGUGUAGCGGUCAGGAAGUGUGUGUGUGUGGGGGGGGGGGGGGGGGGGGGGGGGUGAACUAUCGGUAACCUGGCUGUGACGCCAUAAAAAAUUCAGUUCCAACCUUUACCUCUUCCUCUCCUUUCCUCCCCUCUCUCUGCAGCUGUGAUGGAGGCUGAUUCAGGAAGACAAAGGGCUUAGGAGGGAGGUGGGGAGGUGGGGAGUCUUACAUGAAACGCCACAAUGACUAAAUCGUUCACAAGCCAUGGAAAGAAACCGUAGCGUCUCUGUUGUUGUAUUGGACUGACACACAAGGCAGUGUGCUUGUAAAUCGUUAUGUAAGAUGCUAUUCAGUGCCUUUCAUAGUGGACAGUUAUUUUUUUAAGUCCUCAAACUAAGAGGAUUUGAUAGUUGAACAAGAGUUAGACUCAAGAUGGAGUAGAGUUCCAAUCUCAGGAGGUUUGAUAUGCCAAGUAGGAGCCUUCAUGAUGCUGUGUGGGCAUGCAUGCGUUCAUACUAUAUCUGUGUGCAUGCAGUUCAUUCAUGCAUAUGUAUGAGAGUUUAAAUGCAUGCAUCUUUGUGUGUGUGUUUAUGUGUGUGUGUGUGUGUUUGUGUGUGUGUGUGUGGGCAUGCAUGCAUGUGUGUGUCUGAAGGUGGCAGGCAGCAGUAUGGCCAGUGAGUCUACUCAUCAGAACCAGGCUUCCCCAGACAGGUUACGUAAUCUCAGGCUGUGUUUACGUAACCACCAAGUUCUCCUGACUGUCAAAAUGUCACUAUUAAUCGUCCCCUGCCCACUGACACAUAAACACACACACACACACACACAGUUACCGCUGAGGGUAUUUUCCAUUGUGAUCUGGCUAGUUCUCAGUAAUAAUAACACGAAGAUAUAAUUUAUCUAUGUAUGACUGACUCAUAUCAGCUGGGGAGGGCAUCAAUCUCUGUCUUAACAGCUACUUACAGUAAGAGUCUCCUGAUUGGUGCUGUGUUGAUUUUUAAUCUGCUUUAAUGACAGAAGGAUUUCCAGACUCAUCACAAAUAGAUCCUACUAUCCAUUUCUCUAACCUCUCUCUCUCUCUCUCUCUCUCUCUCUCUCUCUCUCUCUCUCUCUCUCUCUCUCUCUCUCUCUCUCUCGCUCUCUCUCCUAGGUAAAUCCCAUCUGGCUAUAGUCCACAGGGUGAAUAGUGAAGGGGAGGGAGACCCCUUCUACGAGGUCCUGGGAAUCGUUACUUUGGAGGAUGUUAUCGAAGAAAUCAUCAAGUCUGAGAUUGUGGAUGAGACAGACCUCUACAGUAUGUACAGAAUAACAACUCUCUCUCUCUCUCUCUCUCUCUCUCUCUCUCUCUCUCUCUCUCUCUCUCUCUCUCUCUCUCUCUCUCUCUCUCUCUCUCUCUCUCUCUCUCUCUCUCUCUCUCUCUCUCUCUCUCUAUUCCUGUCUCCCUCUAAGCUAUUUAUCACUUCCUGGGGCUCCCAUGACCUGAUCGGAUGCAUAAUUGAUCAGAAGUAAUGAAUUUAUCCCAUAGAUAAUUACCACUGGCUUAAUUGGGGUUUAACGCUCUCUCUGCAGUGUGUGUGUGUGUGUGUGUGUGUGUGUGUAUGUGAGUGAGAGAGACAAAGAGAGAGAGAGAGAGAGAGAGAGAGAGAGAGAGAGAGAGAGAGCGGGGGGGGGGGGGGGGGGGGGGGGGGGUACAUUGUUUAUUUUACAUUAUGCUGUAUCAUCACAUAUUGCAUACUUCUAUGUAUGCUGCAACCACCAAUGGGGUAAAUACUGUGUGCAUAAUAACAGACUUCCCUAACCCUUUCUGGAAACAUCAUUGAAUUUUCAAACCUGUUACAUUUUUAAUUGCAAGGAGAAUGUACUAUAUAAAGCAAGCUCCGUGGUGAGAGAAAAAGAGAGAGAGAUAAAGAGAGAAGAGAGAGAGUGUGUGUGCGCAUGCAUGUGUGUGUGUGUUAGGGUUCAGUACCUGUGACUGGUAUCCCGGGACUUCCCGACCAAGCUGCUUCCCAUUUUCAGAGAAAAUAAUGAUGUGUCCCUUGGACCAAUAAUAUAAAUAUGUUAUGCCACACUAAUGCAAAAAUAUAAAAUAUGCACGUGUGAAUAGCUGCAUGAACCGGUCACCGGACUUCAUUCGUACAUUAGACCAGUCAUCACAACGCUGUGUGUGUGUGCUUGUGCGUGCGUGCGUGUGUAUGUUAAAUAUAGCACAGUGCAGCUAAUCUCAGUGACUGCACCGCAGGCCUCAGUAUAACACCAGCUGUUCAUACUGAAGCCUAACUAUUUAACACAAUCUGAACAUCAUAUUACCAAUCCAAUCUAAGCCUUUUCAUUAAUCUCCCCAGACGUGGGAUUGUUUGAUUUAGAUCAGAUUAGUGAGUUGGAGUUGGAGGUGUGUGUUUUUUCAUCAGAUGUUUCUGGAAGAAUAAAAAAAAUGGUUUGUGUUCUGUGAUAAAUAACUGUGUGAAUAGAAUAGAAAUUAAGAUUUAAUUGAAUGAUUAAAUGGAUGGUUCAUUGGUGAAUUGAUUGGUUAAUUGAUUGGUUAAUUGCUUAAUUGUUCCCUAGUUGAUAAGAGGACUAAGAGGCGCGUGUCUCACCAUGAGAGGAAGCAACACGACUUCUCCAUCUUUAACCUGACAGAGAACGAGAUGAAGGUGAAGAUGUCUCCUCAACUGCUGCUAGCUACACACCGCUUCCUGGCCACAGGUAGAACCUCUUUGUGUAUGUGUGGAUGGAUGUGUCUGUGUGUAUGUACGUGCGUCUGUGCUAUUUUUGUGCUACUAUUUUUUCUAUUCACCCUCUCGCUCUCUCAAUCUCACUCUCUCUUUCUAGAAGUGGAGCCCUUCAGGCCAUGUCAUCUCUCAGAGAAGAUUCUCCUUCGUCUGAUCAAACACCCCAGUGUCGUUCAGGAACUAAAGUUUGACAGAAAGAACAAACGAGCACCACAGCACUUCCUGUAUAUGAGGAACAAACCUGUCGACUACUUUGUCCUGGUUCUACAGGUAUACACCAUACACACUGAUACUACACUGUCCUGGUUCUACAGAUACACACCAUACACACUGAUACUACACUGUCCUGGUUCUACAGAUACACACCAUACACACUGACACUACACUGUCCUGGUUCUACAGAUACACACCAUACACACUGAUACUACACUGUCCUGGUUCUACAGAUACACACCAUACACACUGAUACUACACUGUCCUGGUUCUACAGAUACACACCAUACACACUGAUACUACACUGUCUUGGUUCUACAGAUACACACCAUACACACUGAUACUACACUGUCCUGGUUCUACAGAUACACACCAUACACACUGAUACUACACUGUCCUGGUUCUACAGAUACACACCAUACACACUGAUACUACACUGUCCUGGUUCUACAGAUACACACCAUACACACUGAUACUACACUGUCCUGGUUCUACAGAUACACACCAUACACACUGAUACUACACUGUCCUGGUUCUACAGAUACACACCAUACACACUGAUACUACACUGUCCUGGUUCUACAGAUACACACCAUACACACUGAUACUACACUGUCCUGGUUCUACAGAUACACACCAUACACACUGAUACUACACUGUCCUGGUUCUACAGGUACACAACUAGGGUUGAAAGACUACCGGUAAUUCACCAAAGUUACAUAUUGGAAAUCUAUGGAAACUUUGGUGUUUAAUAGUCUGUCUGUGUGUUAUGUCAUUGCAGGGUAAAGUGGAGGUGGAGAUUGGUAAAGAGGCUCUUCGUUUUGAGAACGGAGCUUUCUCCUACUAUGGCAUGCCAGCCCUCAUACCACCACUACCUAUAGGUAAAUACACCGCCGGCCCCAACGACACACAAUGGGAUUUUAACAGUGGGUGUUAGUGAUUAUGAUGUUGUUGAUUAUAAUGAUGAUGAUGGUGAUGAAGCGGAUUUAUUGUCCUCGAAAAAUAAAUUCUUACCCCAGCUUUCCCGUUUCUAAAUGCUGCAGUAUCACCACUUUUCUAUGUUACAGUGCCUUUUGAAAGUAUUCACACCCCUCAACUUUUUCCACAUUUUGUUGUGUUACAGCCUGAAUUUAAAACUGAUUAAAUCGAGAUUUUGUGUCACUGGCCUACACACAAUACCCCAUAAUGUCAAAGUGGAAUUCUGCUUUUAGACAUUUUUACAAAUUAAUUAAUAGGACAAACUGAAAUGUCUUGGCAAUGUUCCCUCUAAGCUGCAUGCAUGCGGUGGGACUGCCACACAGAAAUAUCAGCCCACAGAGAGAAGCACGAGAUUGAACUUCACUCAACUUUCUAGAGCAGUGGUCAUCACCAACCGGUCGAUCGCCGAACAUUUCUAUAAAAAACCCAACGAUAAAGCCUUGUGUUCCUAUUUUCAAACUCUGCCUUCCCAGUGGGCCCAGAGAGCAAAUCAAGUGCACUAUAGGCCUACCGCUGGCCAAUUGGAUGGCUCAGAUGACCGUGUCUGCAGUAACGUAGCAGGCAUAAAAGAAAGCUACAGCAAAGUUGAUACUGUGAGAUUUCACAACGUUUAAAACCAUGACUAGAAAGAGACUGUCAACGAAUACAGCAAAGAGAUUAUGUUUUUAUGAUUGAGUUCAUGUUUAAGUUCUUACUCAGCACUGUCAACACUUUGUAUUCAACACUUUUAGAAGCCAUAAAAUGUGCGUUCUUCCUAUUUCCACUCAGCGCUACAACAAGCACUGCAGCAGUAAUGAAUGAGUAGGAAAGUGUAUCUAUAGGCUUGCGUUGUUGUUAUUAUUAGCGACUUGGGUCUUUUUUAAUAUCGAGGAAUAUUUAACUUUUGACUCAGAAAAGGUUUGUGACCACUCUUCUAGAGUUAUCCCUGUUAACACUAUCAACGUUUCCCUUUACUGUGGCAAUUGUGAUCGAAUCAAGGCAAUUUUAGCCACUUCCAAUGCAACACACCGAAACAAAACGCUAUGCAAAAUAUUUUGUUGUAGGCAGAACGCAUCGGAGUAGGAUUCUAUUGCAUUGACAGGCACUACUCAGCCCAUACUCUACACAGACUGAUGUGGCAUAAACAAUCAGAGCUGCAGUAGGCCUAUAUGCAAAUAGACCAUUGCCAUAUAUGGAUAUGUGCCAUUUACUUUGAACUGGACUGUGUUUACAGCAUGAGAGGUCGUGAGUAGAUGCGCUUGUUUUGAGAUCAAAGUGAGAGCUGCAUGUAGCCACGUGUGCACAUUUUGUUCAUAUCCUUUGCUAGUUAGUGAGUUAUUAGCCCAGUUAUAGAUAAUUUGUAGUCAGCAAUAGGGGAGUGAUUGCGUCCUACAAGAGCACAAAACAUAUACAUUUCUAGACAUCUUUGAAAAGCUAGUCAGGUAAAGAGCAUUUUAUUUGGCUUAAAGGGGCAGUGUUGUAUUUUGAGACAGGCUUGAAUAAGCUAAGUAGCCAAUAGGCAGAGGGGAGCAUAAUUUGAUUCUCUGUAAUAAUGGUAUGGGAAUAAUGAUGCAUUUUAUUUUGUAAAGUGGUUUCUUGCAUCAAACAACCCAACAAAAUGUUCAGUCACCUCCUUGUCUGAAGGACAAGUGGAUAAACAGGUUAAUGUCAAGCCCUGCAAGUUUUUUUUCAAUGUCUCAUGGAAUGUAGGCCUACAUUGAACACCACACAUUGGCUGCUACUGUAGGCUGAAUGAUAGAACAGCUAUUUCUAUAUUAAAGUGUUAUGGAAUGCAUUUUCUCCAUUGUUUUUAAUGGUAGGCAACUCUGAUAGGCCUACAGUGCAUUCGGGAAAUGUAUUCAGACCCCUUCACUUCUUCCACAUUUUGUUACGUUACAGCCUUAUUCUAAAAUGGAUUAAAUUAAAUGUUUUCCUCAUCAAUCUACCCACAAUACCCCAUAAUGACAAAGUGAAAACAGGUUUUUAUAAAUGUUUGCAAAGGUAUUAAAAAUAAAAACAAAUACCUUAUUUACGUCCUGUUUCCAUUGAUCAUCCUUGAGAUGUUUCUACAACUGCGGUAAAUUCAACUAAUUGGACAUGAUUUCGAAAGGCACACACCUGUCUAUAUAAGGUCCCACAGUUGACAGUGCACGCCAGGGCAAAAACAAAGCCAUGAGGUCGAAGGAAAUGUCUGUAGUGCUCUGAGACAGGAUUGUGUCGAGGCAAUAAUAAUGUUUACCCCAUCUCUGUACCCUACACAUACAAUUAUCUGUAAGGUCUCUCAGUCGAGCAGUGAAUUUCAAGCACAGAUUCAACCACAAAGACCAGGGAGGUUUUCCAAUGCCUCACAAAGAAGGGCACCUAUUGGUAGAUGGAUAAUAAAAUAAAAUAAACAUUGAAUAUCCCUUUGAGCAUGGUGAAGUUAUUAAUUACACUUUGGAUGGUGGAUCAAUACACCCAGUCACUACAAAGAUACAGGCGUUCAUCCUAACUCAGUUGCCAGAGGGGAAGGAAACCGCUUAGGGAUUUCAUCAUGAGGCCAAUGGUGACUUUAAAACAGUUACAGAGUUUAAUGGCUGUGAUAGGAGAAAACUGAGGAUGGAUCAACAACAUUGUAGUUACUCCAUAAUACUAAGCUAAUUGACAGAGUGAAAAGAAGGAAGCCUGUACAGAAUACACAUAUUCCAAAACAUGCAUCCUGUUUGCAACAAUGCACUAAAGUAAUACUGCAAAACAUGUGGCAAAGCAAUUCAUAUUUUGUACUGAAUACAAAGUGUUUAGUGGUUUCGAUUCCCGCUGGGGCCACCCAUACGUAAAAUGUAUGCACGCAUGAGUGUAAGACACUUUGGCUAAAAGUGUCUGCUAAAUGGCAUAUAUUAUGAUUAUGAUUAUUAUUAUUAUUGUUAUUAUUAUUAUGAUGUUUGGGGCAAAUCCAAUACAACACAUUACUGAGUACCGCUCUCCAUAUUUUCAAGCAUAGUGGUGGCUGCAUCAUGUUAUAGGUAUGCUUGUAAUCAUUAAGGACUGGGGAGUUUUUCAGGAUAAAAAAGAAAUGAAAUGGAGCUAAGCACAGGCAAAAUCCUAUAGGAAAUCUGGUUCAGUCUGCUUUCCACCAGACAUUGGGAGAUGAAUUCAGCUUUCAGCAGGGCAAUAACCUAAAGCACAAGGCCAAAUCUACACCAAGAAGACAGUGAAUGUUCCUGAGUGGUUGAGUAACAGUUUUGACUUAAAUCUGCUUGAAAAUCUAUGGCAAGACCUGAAAAUGGUUGUCUAGCAAUAAUCAACAACCAAUUUGAAGAAUUUGAAGAAUUCUGAAAAUAAUAAUGGGCAAAUAUUGCGCAAUCCAGGUGUUGAAAGCUCUUAGAGACUUACCCAGAAAGACUCACAGCUGUAAUCACUGCCAAAGGUGAUUCCAACAUGUAUUGACUCAGGGGGUUGAAUACUUAUCUAAUCAAAAUAUAUUAGUGUUUAUUUUCCAUUAAUGAAAAAAAGAAAACUUCCACUUUAACAUUACAGAGUAUUUUUUGUAGACCUUUGAUAGAAAAAGACAAUUCAAUCCAUUUUAAUCCCACUUUAUAACACAACAAAAAUGUGGAAAAAGUCAAGGGCUGUGAAUACUUUCUGAAGGCACUGUAUGUGUGCAAAAUCCAUUAUUCAUUUUCUUUUUAAUCUGUGGGAGAAGAUUGCUGCAGUGGAAACUAUGUAACUGCAGCAAUUAAAGCCAGUUUCCACUGAUAAGCAGACACAAGAGGGCCAGCCCAGUGACGUGCACGUGAGCGCGUGUGUGUGUGUGUGUGUGUGUACGUCAGGGGUGGGCAAGGUCCCCAUAGAGUUUUUGGGGACCGAUUUAUUUGUCAAAAUCAGGGUUGGGGAGUAACUGAUUACAUGUUAUCAGGUACAUGUUAUCUGACUACAAAAAACUGUAACUGUAAUCGGUUAUGUUACCAGCAGAAAUAUUGUAAUAGGAUUACAGAUACUUUUGGAAAUACUAGAUGAUUACUUCCUGGAUUACUUUAGAAAGGAUGUUUGCGAAAGAAAACAAAAUUAAGACACCUUUCUGUUUUUCUCAAUGACAUUCAAUUCAGCAUUGAAAAAUGGUGCAAGUUCAAGUUUUUUUUCCACCUGAGCGAGUCUGACCACAAGUCAGAGACCACUAUGAUGACACACCAAAUGUGUUUGAUGGAUCCUUUUUGUCUUCUUCUAAUGCCUCUUAAUGGGAAAGUAAUCCAAAUAUAACUGAAAGUAAUCAGAUUACGUUACUGAGUUUGGGUAAUCCAAAAGUUACGUUACUGAUAAGAAUGUUGGACUAGUAACUAUAACAGAUUACAUUUAGAAAGUAACCUACCCAACCCUAGUCAAAAUCAAUUUAUGGGCCAGAAAAAGGGCAGUUAUUUGAAUACUUUAUAAUUUCUAAAUGCUUUCUAUCUAGUGUGGUCUGGAGCGGGUUUUUUAAACCCAAAUUAAGAGGACAGAAUCUAAUCAAACUCAUCUUCAGUCAACAGGUUUGGUUCUGGUAGCAGUGGGUUGAACCAGUCAGAGUCUGUCCUAUCAGGAGGCAGUGUGGGUCAGCUGAGUAUAGGAGGGGGAGCAGUCUACCUACCUGACUUCUCUGUCAGACAACUCACUGACCUACAGAUUAUAAAGGUACGCAUGCACACACACAUUUAAAAUACCCCUAAAAUACUAUUUUCCAUUUCCUUUGAAAUGUCUUAAUCCCUGAUUUUGAAUAAACACAGACACGUCCUCUCUUCCUCUCCCUCCAAUCCCUCUCUCUCUCUCCUUCCCUCCCUCCCUCUUUUUCCUUUUAAACUCUCUCUGUCUUAGCUUUAAUCAUUGGGGAUAAAUGAGCUCCAUUUUCAGUAUGAAUAAUUUAGACUUAAAGUGAUGGAUGUACAUCCUAAGUACACACUCCCUCAUAUCCCCCCCAAGGUCAUAAAUAUAGUUCCAGGAAGAAGGUUGCUAGCACACACCAACCGUAACCUUUAUGUUUACAUAGAGAAACAGCUUGAUGGUGUGUGGCAUGCAUGUGUAUUUGCUGUGUGUGUUGAUAAUUUUGUGUUGAUACUUUAUUUGCGGUGUGUGUUGAUGAUUUUGUGUUACUUUAUUUGCGGUGUAUGUUGAUGAUUUUGUGUUGAUACUUUAUUUGCGGUGUGUGUUGAUGAUUUUGUGUUGAUACUUUAUUUGCGGUGUGUGUUGAUGAUUUUGUGUUGAUACUUUAUUUUCGGUGUGUGUUGAUGAUUUUGUGUUGAUACUUUAUUUGCGGUGUGUGUGUUGAUGAUUUUGUGUUGAUACUGUAUUUGUGGUGUGUGUUAUUCUUUGCUAGAUCUCGAGGAACCACUACCAGAAUGCUCUAACAGCCAGUCUUAUGGACAGUGUACCCCAGACCCCCGAUCCCGACGGGAGACCCACCAUCCCUGAGACCCGCUCCCACAGCAUCGCCCUGCCCCUGACACACACAUACACACACCUUCGACCUGUCCUGGAACGACACACACACACAGAGGACAACACUGGACCACUCACCUCACAGCUCAACGAGAGGAACCGCAUCGUCCGUAAGUGUGUGUGUUUGUGUGUGUGUGUGUGUGUGUGUGUGUGUGUGGGGGGGGGGUUACAUAACCACCAUGGCAAACAGAUGGCGUUAAAGAGUCUUUGAAAAAAAUGACACACAGAUGGAAAUAGAUGUGAUUAGAAGGCUAAAAGAGACAGAGAGUUUGAGGCAUAAAUAGCUACAUUUUGUUGAUCAGUUGUUAGUAUUUACUUCCAAGGGGAGAUUAAUCUGAAAUAGACUCUUGCUUCAGUUGAACACACACAACACACACACACACACACACACCAUAGAGUGACAUGCCAGUCAGCACAGUCCAGAUGGUAUCUGGAAAAUCAUGUAAGCCCUGAAACCAAUCAGGUUGGGUUUAUCUCACAAUGCUUGUGAGUAUGCAUGUAUGUGUGUGUAUGCAUGCAUGAACCUCUAACUUGCCCUCCUAAGUCUAUGGUCUCUCUCUUUGAAUCAGUGGUCAGUCCUCUCGGUUAUUGAGUUAAACCAGGGGUGGAAUUGAUCAUGAUGCAGACAUGUGCCCAGCAUGAUAACCAUCUCUAGCCCCUUCCCUGGUUCUCAAUACCUCACUUUGCAGAUAAUGGGACAUGGAUCUGGUUCUUUCAGAUCUACACUUCUAUGCACAGAAGGGAGGUUUUGAGACUGAAAACAGGCUACCGCUUCACUGAGAUGCAGCCUCUGUCCUGAUUGUGACCAUGGUACUCUGUCUCCCUCUCAGGCAGUAAGUCAGACGGACAGAGGAGUCCCAGUGAUUCAGUGUUCCUACGGAUGGAUGACAUACCCUACAUCCAAGAGGACCGACUGAAAGAUUGUCAGGAAGACCACCCAGAUAAGCGACUAGAGGAGAGACCGGAAGACCUCCCGGAAGAUAGAACGGAAGACCGUCCAGAAGACCGCCCGGAAGACUGUCCCGAAGGCCGUCUGAAAGACCGGCUGGAAGACCGGCCGGAAAACUGGCUAAUAGAACGUCCAGAAGGCCAGCUGGUAGAAAUUCCGGAAGACCAACUGGAAAGCCAAGAAGGGAAUGGUGAGGAGAGAAGGGAGAGAGUUGUAAGCCGUUAUAGCUGCUAUAUACAUGAGUGGUAAUAUUAUUUAGUCCUCACAAGUCUAGUGAAGUUUAAACAAUCCUCCCAUGGAAACAUUGUCUAGAACAGUACCUUGGCCAUGGUUUGCAUAAUUAAUAGCGUUUAUUUAUAGUCUUGUAGGUUGCAGUGGAUUUUAUAUUGGGCUUUGUCAAUGCUCUUCUCAUUUCUCUACUCACCCUCUCUCUCUCUCUCACCCACACACUCUCUCUUGCCAACGCUCUUACUCCCUUGCCCACUCUCACUCUCAUUCACUCUCAUCCUCUCGCUCUCCUGCCUAGAUGCUGUUCCUGUGGAGUCAGAUAUCAUCUGUUCUCUAUCUGGCUCAGAGGAGACACUUGGGAAGAAGCUGCUACGUAAACUGAGUGAGUGAGUGAUCUAGGAUCAGCUUUUCCUCCCCACAUUCUACAUUUGAUUAAUUAUUCUUUUAAUUCUGCUCAACUGUCCCCCACCCCACCAUCCACCACACACGCACACGCACACGCACACGCACACACACACACACACACACACACACACACACACACACACACACACACACACACACACACACAGACGCACAUACACACCUUCCUCACCUGAACACUGUGUGGGCCCCAACAGUCAGCCAGACUAGUGACGGCAGGCGUACCAUAGCAACAUAACUUUUGUGUUCUAUCUCUUGCUGCAUCACACCUUCCUCCAGAGAGUCUAAUAUAUAAUGUGUAAACACAAAUAAGCUAAUGGGUCUCUGAAAUGACAGGAUAACAAAAUUGUUAUCUUCAAUCAAACAAAACUGAUAUUUUAUGUUUCAAUUGUAAAUAAAAAUGUUAUUUGUCAUGUGCAGAGAUUGUUCGUAUAUAUUCGUAUUCUUAUCUUUUAUUAUUUCUUAUUGUUGUUGCAUUGUCGAGAAGGAACCUGCAAGUAAGUAUUUUGUUGGACGGUGUAUACCAUGUGUAUCCUGUACAUACAACUAAUAGUAAAACUUGAACUUGAAACUUGAACUUGACACUGUGUUCUAUCCUUCCAGGUAACAAGAAGAGGAAAAAGUCCCGGGAUGGUGAGAAGAGUGUGGAGCAGCCAUCUGUGACCACCUAGAACAAUGCCAGAUAGAGAAGAGACAGCAGAGAAGACCUAGCACAGAGAAAGAUAGAGAAUAGACUGGCUCUGUUUCUCUCUCACUUCCCCCCCUCUGUCUCCUACCCACUGGGAACUGGGUUAGAGGUUUGGUUGGGACCAGACUCUGGUAUUUGUCAAUAGACGUCCAGAACCUCAAGAUCUCUCUCUGAACGGUCCACUCCCCAGACCCAACCCUAACCCCUGGAUACCCUCUGUCCACUCCCCCAGACCCAACCCUAACCCUGGAUACUCUCUGUCCACUCCCAGACCCAACCCUAACCCUGGAUACCCUCUGUCCACUCCCCAGACCCAACCCUAA